CUAAUGGCGGCUCUCUUGAAUUUGUUUACGACUCGUAUUUUUCGUCUUUUACGAGAUAGGUUUUCUUCCCAUUUUGUCAACUUUAUGAAAUAUGGAUUAAAAAUAUUUUGCAUUAGUGAACUAUUUUGGAGAUUCUUCAACUUUUGUAUCCUAAUAUCACCGUUUCAUUUUUGUUCUUGUAUAAGUAAAUAAAUAUAUAAAAUAUGUAAGAUGUUAUGGCCAAUAUUUUAGAAAAAGUCAUUCAAGGAACCUUAGAUAUUGAGGUUCUUAAAAAAUAUUUGAAAGAUGAAAAAAAAGAGUGUUGCUCACAUGACCUUAGUGUUGAUAUACCAACAUUUGAUGCUGGCAAGUUUGUUCCUUACUUCCUAAACUACAUUCGAGAAGAAUCCACGUGCCAUUUUACUAGCGAACUUCCAGUCAUUUCACCCAAGAAAAUCAAGAAAAAGCGACGAUAUCCCAGGAAUGUGAAAUCCAGUUCAGAUACAAGCAGCAAUACAGUAAAGGCAAGAGAAAGUUUGUUUAAAUCUUCACCAUCAAAUAAGGAUACUUUGCCUUUGUCAGUAAACAGUCAGUAUCUUGGAAGUUCAUCAUGUGAGUCAAAAAACAAAAAAGAUCAUCUUUUCACAUCAACACCAGUGAAGUUCAAUUUGGACGAAGACUUUCCAACGAUUCAUGAUGUUUCCACAAGAAAUAGCGUAACUCCAACUCGACGUAUUACUCCGACACCAGUAAGAACACGGCGCAACUCGUCAACUAUCUUCAACAAUUCCUCAACUUCAUGUGAAACAUCUGAUGAAUCAAGUCAUUCAUUCAGGGAAGAGAGGCAAACGAAAGGACAACAUCAUAAUGCAUCACGAAAUACUUGGAAUUCUAGAAAACAUUCCGUGAAAUUCAAACUUGAGGAUUUUAUGCAUCAAGGAAGUAGGACACCAAACUUAUCAUCUUGCCAAGUCAAGGCGCCUUUUGGUCCUCAACAUAAUAAAAAUAAAAUUUCCCAGCUAUCUGUUGAUGUGAAGAACUGUUCCGAUUCGUUGAGUGAAUCAGAAAACAAUAAAAAUAGUUUGAAUUCAAGUUUUCAAGAGAGUCCAAAAGAAGAAUUAUUUCCACCGAAACUUGAUUCGGUGACGGAUUCCGAUGUCCUUGACAAACUUGCUGUUAUUCAUUCAUUUUGUAUUCUUGAAAAUUUGGUGCCUAAUAUUGUUAUUGAAAUGAGCUUUAUUUUACAACUUUUGACGGUGGAAGUCAACUCAGAUGUUGAAAAAGAAGCUACAACAAAAGGUAUCCUCUCUGGUCAUCAUAACUGUAUGUAUUAUGCAACUGUUGCUCUUCAGAAACUCUUUGGAAUAAUCAAGUUACUUGACAAAGGAACAUUGAGGUUGCUGUUAGACAACAAGGCUAUCAUGGAAUUUUCCAGGAGUUUCCACGAUGAUCUUGCGAGCUUGUAUCCAACGAUAUCAAUAAGUGAGGUGCCAUACUCCUUGCUAAAGUCGCCGUUAAACUGUGUUCCAUUUCAAGUAAACUUUGACAAUAGGAACAAUUUUUCGUCCGAACAAACAUUUCAUUACUUUAAACGACAAAGGGACAUGUUUUACGAAAUAAUACGAACGUGGGAAUCACAGAAUGGGAAAUCUGGUUGGUCAUUACCAGAGCAUUUAGGUGAUAGAAUAAGGCAAGUCGUCGACGAGAAGUGUGGGUUAACGAACAUUGUUCAUUUCGUUCGACUUUUUCAAUCUCAAUUGAUUCAGAUGUGCUGUUAUGAGAGUACGUUGCCAACCUUCAAUGAAGGAGAGUCGCCCGAGUUUGUUGGCGAACUUUUCAAAUCGAAUCCAAAGAAGUUUUUCAGAUUGAAAAAGCGUCUUGUUACUCCACAGUCGAGAACAUCUGAUCCUUGUCCACCCCCCGGUUUUACGGAAACCGAGGAGUUUUUUCGUACAUUUAUAGUCGCUGCAACGAGGCACGUCUAA